AUGGCGGAUGCGGUGCACCCGACAUGGAUAAGCCGACUAGAGGAGGCAUGCACGGAGUGCCGGGCGAGGCGCUACUAUGUAUUGGGGCGCUUGGUUGAGGCAUACAUGUGGGAGCCGUUGGUUGCGCAUGAGAGAGGCGCGUUGUCGCGUAUGAAAGGAGGCGAGCUACGACGUGCUAGAAGAGCCCGGAGUGGGCGAGUUUUACCGGCGUGGAGUGCUUGUGCUUGUAAGUGUGCAGCGGGCGAGGCAUGUAAGUGCGCGAGCUACCACACGCUAGGGCGUCCGGUUGAGGUGCCGCUGUAUGCUCGGGGCACCCGGCUAAGGCGUGCAAUAGGUGUAGGUGGCCCGGCAUGUAUGGAUAGAGGGCUUGGGCGAGGGUAA